CUGCAUCAACACUGUACAUCCCUUUCACUCCUCCCUUUUUGACCCCCCUCAUCCCUCUCUCCCUCAACUCUUUCUGCAGACUUAGCGAAUAGCUUCCACUAUAUAUUUGGCUCUUCCUCCCCUUCUUCUUCGCGCCCUCACAUUCUUCUUUUCUCUUUUACUUACUUUAACUGCAAAUACAUUAUAAUAAGGUUUUGGGCUACCAAGAUUCUUGAAUCUCAACUCUUCUUCUUCUUCUUGUGUGCUGUCUGUGCUCUCUUCUUUCUUGCACUUAACUUCAUCUGCCUUCUUCCCCACCAAUCUUGAUAUAAAGUGUUCACAUUUGUUCCAAGAUUGAAAUCUUCCAGUAUCUAGAUUGAAAUCUCUCAAGUCCCAAGAUUUGUUCAUCUUGGCUGGAACAUAUAUGUAGUUUCUACAAGGCAAGAUUGGUAUACCAAGUUCAUGUAAAUUCUUGGGGAAAGUUGAGCAUUCCAAUGGCAAUGCUGAUUCUCAUUGCACUUGUCCGAGGAUUUCCGUAGACAUUUAGGAGUUCAAAACCGUUCCAACUCUUGACAACCCAUCCAUCCUCAAGGAAGAUAAUUUUACCGACUUUUCAAAAAUGGAAGAAUCAUUUGUGCCCUUUCGUGGGAUUAAGAAUGACAUUCAAGGGAGGAUGCUCUGUUACAAGCAAGACUGGACUAGUGGCUUCAAGGCUGGUUUCAGGAUACUGGCACCUACGACCUAUAUAUUCUUUGCGUCUGCUAUUCCAGUGAUUUCAUUUGGUGAACAACUGGAGAGAAAUACAGAUGGAGUUUUAACUGCCGUUCAGACUUUAGCAUCCACUGCAGUUUGCGGAAUUAUACACUCAAUCAUUGGUGGGCAACCAUUACUAAUUUUGGGAGUUGCUGAGCCUACUGUCAUAAUGUACACCUUCAUGUUCAACUUUGCUAAACAAAGACAGGAUUUGGGUCGUGAAAUGUUUCUUGCAUGGAGUGGAUGGGUAUGCGUUUGGACUGCAGCUUUGUUAUUCUUGUUGGCUAUUUUAGGAGCUUGCUCUAUUAUCAAUAGGUUUACCCGUUUGGCUGGAGAAUUGUUUGGAAUGCUUAUUGCCAUGCUCUUCAUGCAACAAGCAAUCAAAGGACUUGUGGAAGAGUUCCGCAUACCAAAAAGGGAAAAUUCUAGCCUGACGGAGUAUAUGCCUUCCUGGCGGUUUGCUAAUGGCAUGUUUGGUUUGGUGCUGUCAUUUGGUUUAUUGCUAACUGCAUUGAGAAGCCGAAAAGCAAGGUCAUGGCGGUAUGGGUCUGGUUGGCUCAGGAGCCUUAUAGCUGACUAUGGGGUACCACUGAUGGUGUUGGUGUGGACAGGGGUAUCCUACAUACCUACUAAAAGCGUACCAGAAGGGAUUCCAAGACGUCUCUUGAGCCCAAAUCCAUGGUCACCUGGUGCCUAUGAGAACUGGACUGUGAUAAAGGAUAUGCUGAAUGUGCCCGUUCUCUACAUACUUGGAGCUUUUAUUCCUGCAACAAUGAUUGCAGUACUCUACUAUUUUGACCACAGUGUUGCAUCUCAGUUGGCUCAGCAGAAAGAAUUCAAUUUGAGAAAACCACCUUCUUUCCAUUAUGACUUACUGCUUCUUGGAUUUCUGACUUUAAUGUGUGGUCUUCUUGGCAUUCCACCGUCAAAUGGUGUAAUACCACAGUCCCCAAUGCAUACAAAAAGUCUAGCUACUCUUAAACACCAGUUACUCAGGAACCGACUAGUUGCUACAGCACGCCAGAGUAUUAAAAAGAACGCAAGUUUGGGACAAUUGUAUGGAAACAUGCAAGAAGCAUACCAACAAAUGCAGACUCCUCUCAUCUACCAGGAGCCAUCACAUAGAGGUCUGAAGGAGUUGAAAGAAUCAACCAUUCAGUUAGCCUCAAGCAUGGGAAGCUUUGAUGCUCCAGUUGAUGAAACAGUUUUUGAUGUCGACAAGGAGAUUGAUGAUUUACUGCCUGUUGAGGUGAAAGAACAGCGUGUCAGCAACUUGCUGCAGGCCAUUAUGGUUGGAGGAUGUGUUGCUGCGAUGCCUGCCUUGAGAAUGAUCCCUACCUCCGUUCUCUGGGGAUAUUUUGCUUUCAUGGCCAUUGAAAGUUUACCUGGCAACCAGUUCUGGGAGAGGAUAUUACUGCUAUUCACUGCACCAAGCAGAAGAUACAAGGUUUUGGAAGACUACCAUGCCACCUUUGUGGAAACCGUGCCUUUCAAGACGAUCGCGAUGUUUACAAUAUUUCAGACGACAUAUUUGCUUCUUUGUUUUGGCCUCACAUGGGUUCCAAUUGCAGGGGUCCUAUUCCCUCUGCUCAUUAUGCUUUUGGUCCCUGUAAGGCAAUACAUGCUGCCAAAGUUUUUUAAAGGGGUUCAUCUUCAAGACUUGGAUGCAGCAGAUUAUGAAGAGGCACCGGCAGUACCAUUCAACAUUCCAGCGGAGGGAGAAGUAGGUGGUAGACUUUCUUUCGCUGAGGGAGGAGAGAUUUUAGAUGGAAUUAUUACUAGAAGUCGUGGUGAGAUCAAGCAUAUCUGCAGUCCAAAGAUCACAAGCUCAUCAGCAACCCCUGCCAAAGACGGUAAACUCCAGAGCCCCCGUAUAUCAGAGAAAGCAUACAGUCCACGGAUUAGUGAACUGCGAGGAGAAAGAACUCCUCGCUCAGGCGGAAGAGGACCUCACAGUCCGUGGAUGGGAGAAAUAGGGGCAUCUAAUUUGGGGAUAAGUCCUCGUAACCUGGCUUCAAACCAGUGAAAAAAUUGAUGCCUUUGUCCGUGGCAAGUUUGAAAUAGUAAUCAUAUGCUUUGUAGCUGGUGGUUUGGUUUGCUUGUGUUGUAAAAUCUUUAGCAACUCCUAUUCUAUGGGAACCUGUAUAAUUAACCUCAUGUUGAUUCCUCGAGUGAUAAUAAUACUAAGUCAAGUUAUCCAUUUUGUAUUA